CCCCCACCUAGUUUUCAUAUCUAUUCUCCAUUUCUUUUUUUCCCAUUUGAAAGGGUAGACUGAAAUGGACUGGGCGCUGGUGCACAAGGUCUGGGAAAAAUGGGCGCCCAACAGCGUUGGCUCUCAUGGGCUGCCAUUGAAGGCUGCUUUGUUGAUUAAUCAUGACCCGACUGGACCUUCUCGACUUUUGUCCACCAUUGUAGAGCAAGAAGGGAUAAAAGUAGAUGCAAUGGAGGUGAGUCAAUUUCUCAGUUUUGUGAGGAGAAACAAACUUGAAACUGAGAGCUUCUUCAUUGGACAUAACCAAUAUCUUGUCACAUCAAUUCAUGAGAGCUGGUUCUGUGCGAGAUGUAUUAAUACUUCUAAACCUGCUGGGGAAGGUGCCAUCGUGAUGCAGACUGCCGCGUUCAUCUUUGUUGGACUAUAUGAUGGCUCCAUUGGCCCGGCAUCUCGUGCAAUGGUGGCUGUUGAUCAGUUUGUCUUGCAGUUGAGCCGAAGACAUCUUUAAUCUAUUAAUGUAAAGGUGCAACCGCACGGCUUUGAACUGGAACCUCCAUAUGUUGGAGUUGUUGUAUUGUCAAGAUGUCAACAUUGUCACCCUUGCUACUUGACUGUGAAGAUGCUGAGUGUUGGGGUGCUAACAAAUUGUCUGAUUCAUAAAGUUUCACUUGCACUUGAAGAGUUCAUACUUGCACAGGUUUUCUGUGUGAUCCCUUGGAUGCAAUGUGAAUUGCACUUUUACAGUUUGGUACUAAAGUUGAAGUUUGAAACUCAUCCUUUUAGCGUACGUUGCUCAUGGAAAAAAAAAUAAUAAUAAUAAUAAUUCGGCCUAUCGUUCUAGUAACCAUUGUUGUCCAUAUCAAAUAGUUCAUUUCUAUCUUGUGGACAGGUUAUUUCUUAGAAAGGUAAUAGUUAUAUAAAUGUAGUCCUCUUUUGGCAUUUUAUCUUUCUAAAAAUGAGUUCUUACUUCUAAGGAAGAACAAAUUUACUGUGAUUUCUCAACUAUUUUUUUUUCUCAAUAAUGCAUUUCUUUUUUUGAGCUC